UCUCACAUCCAUGGGUGCUCCGCGGUGGGACAACCCAUCGCUAGCUAUCAGCUAACUUAGCUAACGUUUAGCUAGCGAGCUAACUCGUUAGCAACUGGAUGUGUCCCAGCCAUCCCAGCCCCGUCGACCUAACACAACGAAUGUUUGCAUGCGGCCGCGUUUAACCGUAAAGGCUUCGUACAUAGCCGCUCAUGUUAAAUAUUGUCGCUGUAACGUUAGCUAACUUCCGAAGUGCAAGUUUUAAAUAAGUUAAGUUAGCCGAGACAAGACCGACUGAAGUGUCAAUUUGGCCAGAGUCAACAGUAAUGUUUCCUUUGUCCUUCAAAAUAAAAGCGCAAUUUGUACACCGAUUCUUCAGAAAACAAAGCUACGGAAGAGUAAUCAGUAACACUGUAAUGCAAAUACAUUGCAAUUGUGGUGAAACAAACGUGUAUGCACAAAUCUUUUAUACAUAUAUUUUGCUAAACUUUGCAUAAUAGCUUAAAUCAUGAGUUGAACGAUGUUAUUUAUAAAACACAGUAAAGUAGCCUACUCUUAGCCCAUUUUACCCCUAUUGUUUACUGUGUGGUGGCUCCAUCUGCUAGCUGUUAGCUCACUUAAUUAAAAUAAAAGGGUUAAAACAUAAGUAAGAACAGUGGCGGAAUGUAACAAAGUAGCCUACAUUAUUAUAUCAGUGUUUUCCCUCGGUUUGAGGAAGACUUAGGUGCAUGUGUUUAUUUGGCAGGGGUCCUGCCUCAAGAAACGUUACUUCACUAACUGACUGUAAAUGCAAUUUCACAUGAUUUUGGACCGUUAUUAUUACCAUAUCUGUGUCUAAAAUGUUGGAAAGGCUAGAGCAGAUAGUACAUAAAUAACACUCCAGAAGUUUAAAGACAAAACUUGCUAAAGAAGUCCAUUUGGGAACAUAAUAUAAUCAUUAUAUCUGAGAAAAGUCAUUUAGUUAGUUUUGAUGCUCACAUUGAUUUAACAUUCAUUCAACCCUGCAAGUGACUUACUGUACUCAAGUGUUGUAUUAGUACUUUUACUUUAAGUAAGCUAAAUGAUCUGAAUACUUCUUCCACCACUGAGUGGUAUUACCAGCCUAUAAGGGGCUUGUAACACUGUGCCAUUAAGGACGACAUGUCGAUAGGUUUCAUUCCCAGUCAGACACCACUGUAGGCGAAUGCUUAUGCAUGAUUUUAAGUAUCGUAAAUAUAUUCAAAAAGAGGUUAUUAUUAUUUGAGAAAACCCAUACAACUUUCAAAAAGCGGCAGUUUGUAGGGCUGCCACACGUGCUUUUAUUCUGAAGGUUACAUUGCAUUACUUCCGCUUUCUAUUGGUCUUGUACUGGCCAACUUGACACAACACGGUAGCAAGGAGCUAUUAUCGAUGGGAAUCUGGUGUUCAGGGGGAACCGAGGGAACCAACCACAGUUGAGGGUGUUAGCUUAGCCAAUGUAGCCUGCUAGCGAGUCAUUUGCUGUUGUAGGUUUGCCAGCAUGCUAACGGGGGCAGCUUAACCGCAACACAUUUGCAGCAAGGUCUCCUGUCUGACUCUGUAGAGGUCCAGCCGAGCUGAACUCCGCGGAGCCAUGCGACAGUGGUGUGUCCCCGCUGCGACCCCUCGCGCUGAGCCGCUCCCGGGGCGCCUGUCUGUGUCACCGCCUCCGCCAGAUGCCAGAAUGGAGUGCUGCGAGGCGGAGCCCCGCUACACCAUCGAACAGAUCGACCUCCUGCAGCGCCUGCGUCUGUCCGGCAUGACCAAACCUCAGAUCAUCCACGCUCUGGAGUCCCUGGAGAGGCUGGACCCGGACCACCGCCCGUCCCACUGCGACUCUCAGCCCGCCCCGUCCAACAACACCCCCGCCGCGGCCGCCCCGGCCCCGUCCUCGUCUUCGUCCUCGUCCUCCUCGCUCUCCCUGGCCUCCGCCACCACUCAGACCUCCGGCCUGGACGGCGCCGCCCUGUCGCCCAGCAACAGCUACGAGGCCUCGCCUCCGCCCCUCUACCCUCCCAGCGUGGCGGUCCAGCGCUCGUUCAGCUACGACAUGAUGGGGGAGGAGGACUGGGACCUGGAAGAGAAGGUGGAGGAGUACAUGAGGAGAGACAGCAACCUGGUGAAAGAAGAGAUCAAAUCCUUCCUCAACAAUCGCAGGAUCUCUCAGGCAAUCGUAGGCCAAGUUACAGGCAUCAGCCAGAGUUACAUUUCCCAGUGGCUGCUGCAGCAAGGCCUGGAGAUGAGCGACUCCAAACGCCGAGCGUUCUACCGCUGGUACCUGCUGGAGAGGAAUAACCCAGGGCUGAGGUGGAGUGAAAGCCAGCACAGCGUGAGUCCCAUGCCCAGGGCCAGGGGAGGGGACAGAGACGGGACGGUAGCAGGGGCAAGUGGCAGCCUCCCCAACCCCAACACCAACCUCAACCCCAACCCCAAUCCAGUGUGGAGCAGGCAGAGAGAGCUGCUGAUGCACUUGCUGCCGUGGUACGCUGCCGCAGCCGCCCAGGCCCAGCCAGGGGCCACCUUAUCAAUGCGGUCUCUGGUGAAGGAGGAACCCGACUGGAGGUCAGGGAUCAUAGCGGGCGACAGAGCCGGGAUGGCGGGCGGGCCUCUGAGGCUGCGUAGAGGAAGCAGGUUCACCUGGAGGAAGGAGUGCCAAUCAAUCAUGGAGAGCUUCUUCAUGGAGAACCAGUACCCAGAUGAAGCCAAGCGAGAGGAAAUCGCCAACGCCUGUAACUCUGUCAUUCAGAAACCAGGCUGCAAGCUGUCUGAGUUUGAGCGCGUGACGGCAUUAAAGGUGUACAACUGGUUUGCCAACCGUCGGAAGGAGAUGAAGAGAAGAGCGAAUAUCGAAGCUGCCAUUUUGGAAAGCCACGGAAUCGAGGUGCCAAGUCCGAGCUGCCACUCAAACGGCGAGGAUGGAGAGAUGCACGAGUUUGCCGAUCAGGUGAAUCAUCGGUUCUCCGAGCCGGAGGAGACCUCUUCCCACAGGAUUGUUGACCACCAAGACCCCUCCUCAUUGGCUCCUGCAGAGGUCGCAGGCCUGCCGAGCCCCGCCCCUCAGGUCCUGGAUCAGAAAGAGGAGGCUUCCAAAAGGGAGACGGUGGAUGAAGAGUGACCCAAGCGGGUGGAGUUUGGAUCGUCAUAUUUGAAUUUGAAGUCCGUUGAAAUAGGAAAAACACAAAGUGUCUCCUCCUCCACCCUUGGGAGGGUCUUUGGCACCCAAAAAUCAAAGGGAGAACGGGUGCUGAAGAUCGCUGAGGUGCCUCUGAUGGCAAGGAGGCCACUGUAUUUAUCAACAGUAAUCCUGCUUAUAUUAACAGCAAUAUACAGUAAAUAUAUAUAUAUAUAUAUAUCAAUAUAUAGUGCAUUCCAAGAUGGUAUUUAAAAGCCUAAACUCCUUAGAAGGAGAACUAUGUAAAGGAUACCUCGCUCAUUUUAAGCCUUUUUAUUUUUUCUUCGCUACAUGCCUUCUUAUUAGCCUUUUAUCAAAGAGUGGUUGGUCGAUGGACUGUGGUGCCGUGAGCGUGCUGAGCCUGCAGGUCAGGUGUUUGGGUGUAGGGGAUAAAGUACGCUAUCAAAGGAUCUAGUUUAUGGGGGAUACGGAAGCCCCCCGCUUGCUUGAAUGUCUUCGACCCCCGUCCGGUCUGCGAAAAACCUCAAUCAGUCGAUUGGUUCAAUCAGUCGAUCAGUCGACGAGUGCUGUCGCGCGAAACCGAAAAAAAA